AUGCCUGGUAAUAAAAAUGGAAGACCAACAUCUCCAAUAAAAUCAAAUCCAGGUUCAUUACGACGUAAAAACUCAAGAAUUCUUGGUCAACCAUCACAAUCAUCAUUAUAUUCAUCAUAUACUAAAGAUCGAGAAGAAUUGAAACCAAAAGUUACAGAAGAACAAACAUCAACACCGAUAACUGAUACACCUACAGAUACAACUACAGAUACAACUACAGAUACACCAACAUCCACACCUAACCCAGAGACAAAUACAACACAGAGCAGGGGAAAAAAUUGGUCAAUUUGGCCUAGAAGAAGUAUUUAUACAUCAGAUGAUUCAAGACCUACUAGUAAGCAAUCUGCUACAAUUAAUAAUGAUACAUCAGCUGCAUCUAUAAAAUCAGAAAAAUCUUCAAAAAGUACUGUACAAGAAACACAACAACAACAGCAAGCUGAAGAAACUAAUAGCUCUACACCAACACCAACACCAACUCCAAAUAUUGAAGUACCAGAUGAAUCUAAGAUAAGUAGAAGUCCAACUAAAGAAGUUGAAAGAAACUGGAUGAGUUGGAGAAAGCCAUCGUUAACAUCAUUGAAAAAAGCAGCAGCUACAGAAUCUGAUACUGAAUUAUCAACAUCACAACCAAAAGCUAUUGAGACUAAAGAUUCAAAUAAUUCAUCUAAAACCAAAGAUGAUUUUAUAGAUCCAAAUUUGAAAAAAAAUGAACGUACAUCAUCAUGGUCAUUUUGGAAUUCAUCAAAUUCAGAAUUAAAAUCUAAAACUUCAAAUGUUUUAUUAUCUUCCGAAGAUGCAGUAUUAUUUGAAUCUAAUGAAGCAACAGAAAAUGAUAAACAAAAAGCUAUAGCAUCCAAAAAAUUAUCAUCAAAACCUCAUAUUCCAAAUCAAGUUGUUCCAGUUUUUGAAACAUUACCUUAUUAUUCAACAACAACAAGUGUUAUAAAUAAUUUUAAUAAUUUAAAAUAUCAAUUUGGCUUCAAAGUUGAAGAUCCAAAACAUCUUUAUAGACUUUCAUCAAGAUCUAAUAAUGAUAUUAAAAAAGUUUUAAUUAUUGGAGUUCAUGGAUUUUUCCCUACAAAAGUAUUAAGACCAUUAAUUGGAGAACCAACAGGUACAUCAAUUAAAUUUGCAAAAGAAGCAGAAAAAUCAAUUCUUAGAUGGGCAGAACGUGAAAAUUUAAAUAUUUCAAUUCAAAAAAUUGCAUUAGAGAAAGAAGGUAAAAUUUUUGAUAGAGUGGAAUUUUUUUAUAAUGUUAUGAAAAAAUGGGAAAAAGAUAUUCAAACUGCAGAUUAUAUUUAUAUUGCGGCACAUUCACAAGGUUCACCAGUUUCAAUUUUAUUAUUAUCAAGAUUAAUCGAAGAUGGAAUCAUUGAUUUAAAUAAGACCAAAAAAAUUAGUUUAUUAGCAAUGGCUGGUAUUAAUAAUGGACCAUUUUAUGGAGUUGAUCAAAAAUUAUUUGUUCGAGCUUAUUCAACAAUUGAAAAUGAUUCAUUAAUGGAAUUAUUUCAAUUUCAAAAUUUCAAUUCAGUUCAUUCUAAAGAUUUUAUUGAUAGUUUGAAAAAUAUUGUUAAUAAUAAUGUUAAAAUCACAUUUAUUGGUUCAAUAAAUGAUCAAUUGGUCCCAUUAUAUUCUUCAACUUGUUUACAUGUUCGACAUCCAAAUUUAUUUAGAGCUACAUAUAUUGAUGGAAGUUCACAAACACCAAAUUUUGUCUCCAAGGCAGUUUCAUUAUCAAAUCAUUUACAUAAUAUAGGUAAAAGUGAUCAUGGAGUUAUAAAAGAAAUUAGUAAUUCAUUAGCAGGUCCAUUAACAGGAGGAGGUCAUUCCAAGAUUUAUAAUGAUCCACAAGUUUAUGAUUUAGCAUUAAAUUUUUCAUUAUAUACAAAUGAUUUAAAAUAUCAGAUUCCAUUACAUUUUAAACCUUAUUCUAUUGAAACAUUAGGUAUGAAUCCUUAUCAUUUACCUUGGUGUAUGAGAGGAUUAUUAUUUGAAACUAAAAUUCAUAUACCAAAUGGUGAUGAAGAAAUUGAUGAAUUAUUUAAAGAAUUUGAAAAUUGGAAACCUGAAACUAAACAAUUAAAAGAUAUGAAAUAUAGAUUAAAUGGGAUUAAAAGUAAGUUGUGA